GUGUUUGCCCUGAUAUAAGAAUUGUCUUGCCUUUGAACCAAAAUAUGUAUAGAAGCAGGGACCUAUAUAGAAGAAACGUCCUAAGAAGAUGAGCUUUGUUCAUAAAGCUCUUACACUAUUUAACUGUUGAUGACAUCGGUCCAUGAUCCUUGAUUCUUAUACCGGUUGAUUUUUAAUCACACACACCCCACCGGGGUUACCACGUGUGUUUGUUUACGAUUUUGAUGACUGAAUAACUAUGGGCCAAAAGAAGAAGCACAAGAUCACCAAUGAUGUAGACCCAGGAGAAUCACAAGUCAAGAAAAAACAAGAACUUGGAGAUAUUGAAACAUGUCCCAAAACUGAAAAUCUGGAUGCCGCAGAAAGUAAAAAGAAAAAGAGAAAAAGGAGCCUGGUUUCAGAUGAAAGUCCAAUAGGUGAAAAAAGUUGCGCUACAAAACAUUUUAAUGAUGCUACGGUUGAUGAAAGGGUAAUGAAAAUAGUAACAGAAAUGAAAAAUGCUACAUCACCUGCAUUAAACAAGGAAGCCAGAUUAAUUCCUGAGCAAUUGGAAAAUAAUCAUAACGCAAAAAAGAGGAAAAAAGACAAAGCUAAACAAGUUAAUUCAGAUCUAGAAAAACAGGGAAGUAUUAAACAUGAACAUUCAAUUAUAUCUAAAGAAUCUAAGCAAAAGGAAAAGGAUGCCUUGAUAAGAAACAUAGACAAAGAAGAUCUUGAAACGAGAAGCAAGGUGCAUAAGUCUACACAAAACAUGCUUUUAGCCAAACUCAAAAGUGCCCAGUCAAAGAGAAAGGAACAAUCUGACAAUUAUCAACACAGUUAUACUGAAAAAUCUGGGGAAAGCUAUGAAAAAUCACAGGAUACAAGUAGAGAAGACCAAACUGGUAAAGAUAUUGUGAUGGAAAACGAAGCUGAAGCUGAUGAUAAUGUUGAGAAAAUUGAUCCAGAGAAACUUGCAAUUAAAGAGAAGAAACUUGCAAAAAGAAAACAGAAAAAGCUUGACAAAGAAAGGCAAAAGAAAGAACAAGAAGAAAAAUCUGGGACAGCAAAGGCAUCUGCAAUCGAUUACUUAGAUAAAUGGAAACAUAAUAGAGAUGAAUGGAAAUUUAAUAAAGUUCGACAAUGCUGGUUGCUGCAAAACAUGUAUAAAGAACCACUGGUGGACGAUGACCACUUCAAUAUACUGCUGGAGUACCUGGACGGCCUUCAAGGUAAAGCAAGGGAAAUAACUAGGAAAGAAGCUGAGGGCUACCUUCAUUUGGAUAGUGAUGAAGACGAUGAUGAAAAAGCUACAGACACUCAGAAAAGAAGUGAACAGAAGGUUGAUGCUGCCCAAUACAACAGAGCCAGACAGAUUGUACAACUCCUUGCUGAUUGACACUGUUGGACAUUUGAACAUCCAUUGAUGUUGAUUUGUGAAUAAUAUGAGGACAUUGUUGGACAUUUGAACAUCCAUUGAUGUUGAUUUGUGAAUAAUAUGAGGACAUUGUUGGAUAUUUGAACAUCCAUUGAUGUUGAUUUGUGAAUAAUAGGGGACAUUGUUGGACAUUUGAACAUCCAUUGAUGUUGAUUUGUGAAUAAUAUGAGGACAUUGUUGGACAUUUGAACAUCCAUUGAUGUUGAUUUGUGAAUAAUAUGAGCCUUGAUCUGGGAACAAUGAGAAUUAAUUCACAUGCGUUAAAAGUGUCACACAGGCUUAUCAGGGAUGACAUUUUCACUCUAAUACUGGAUUUUGGUAAAAAAAGACUUAAUUAAAAUGAAAAAAUACCAUAAAAGCGGAAAAUGUCGUCCUUGAUUAGCCUGUGCUGACUGCUCACGGUAAUCUGGAACAAAACUUUGACACAUGCAUUAAGCCCAGUUUUCCCAGAACGCAACUUAUAUAUUUACGUUAAUUUUAAUAUACCAAACCAUUACACAAAUCUUACAAAGUAUAAGUGCCCGAAAAGUUGCAAAAGGUGUCAUUUAUCUACAUGUCAGAAUACAUUAUUUUAUUAUAUACCUGUUUAAUGCUUUUAACAAAAUACUGGUUGUAUCAAUUGUUGAAGUAAAAAAUCCCGUAUUGCG